CCGGUGAGUGGAACUCCUCGGACUGCGGCGGCGGCCACACGGGUGCGAAAAAUUCGCCUGCUACCGGCCUCACUGGAAAGACUUUUUUGGCGGGACUCACCGGCGUGUGUUCGCGAGUUUCGCUCGUUUCGUGCCCGGAGCGCAUCUCAGCUCGAUUCAGGGCGUCGUUGUAGUACAGCCGCUCCGGAGGUCCCAGAACUCGUCACCCUUGCGCUGAUCGCCGGAGGAGUUUUCUGCCAUCAGGAGGCGAUGCACCCGGCGUGCCCGUGGCUGGUGCUGGCGCUGCUCGUGAGCGAGGCGGCGCUGGGGGCGCGCGUGGGCGGCAAGCCCGGCGGCCUGGACCUGUCCGACCUGUGGAAGCGGGGCCCGCUCUCGCUGCGCAGCCGCGCGGGUCCCAUGCCGUCGCUGAGCAUGCACAACCGGGAUCACAUGCCGUCGCUGUCCAUCGUCUCGCCGCUGGACGUGCUGCGCGACAAAAUGAUGCAGGACAUCAUCGAGCGCAGCAUCAAGAACAAGAUCCAGGCCAACGACAAGAUCCUCAAGGACCUGGGAAAGCGCAGCGCGCCGCAAGACCUGCUACGGCGCAGCGACGACGACCGAUCGUCCUUCAGCCCGCAGGAAUCCUUCUCGGAGGAACUUCUCUGAAGGCCGUCUUACAUGGACAAAGACUCAACUCUAGGAACUCCGGGACGUGAAAAAAAAAAUUGCAACAAGAAACCUACCUAACCCUUAUGGAAUCUUUUUAACAGGAUUUCUUUCCCCAUUUUCUGCAGAAAUGAAUCCACACCUAUAACAAAUUUUCCAGAUGAAAACAAAAAAAGAAAAAGCACAAGUACAUGCAAGACCGCGUAUACUCCCUUAUCUCAGACGCCGCUCCAAACGUACAGGGAAUCUCGAAACGCUGUCGCAGCAUUUUAUUUGCUACAUGCCUACGCUCAAGCAACAUAUCUGUCAGUGUGCAUGUGCAGUCACGCGCACCUGCCUAGGGCGCCUGGGAGAAGGAUGACGCAGCUUUUCUUUUUUCUGAAAAGUCCAUCGUGUCACUAAAAGCGCGACCGCUCAUGUAAUAAGAUUGGUGCUGAGAACGCGAACCCACACAUCGGAGAUAAUGUACUUUGGUGUAGCGAGCAUAUAAAAAGAUCAUGAAAUCCUUCUAACGCGCCUCCUGUCAACGGUGCUUUUCCGACACACCGACGGCACGUGUCGCCGGCGCUGCAGACGACAAAGCUGGCUGCAGACGAGUCUGUUAUUCUGGUUCGGCGAUGCCUCGUGGUUCCAACAGUGCUACAAGCGAGAUGUCCGCGAAUGGCGAUGAAUGCGCGAUUCUCGCGUUACAUCUCAUUCUUGCGCUUCUAAAAAGCCCCCGUGACUCGGAAGUCAGCUUCUUCGUCUCCACGGCAGCGUAACGUGGAACGCCCAUCUCUCACAAUUAUUCGAAGCGUGUUCUUCUAGAUUGGCGACGCUCUCGUCACAAGAGAGACAAGCUAGGAGGAGAGGAGUAAAAAUUAAAGUCGACAACAAUAAACGCAGCGAUUUGUCUAAUUAGACUUCGUGAUGAGCUUGUCAUGCUUUGUAAAUACUGAAAAGCGCUUGAUAUUGCAUAUAUAAAUAUGUAUUUUUAAUUUCUUGUGUGCAUAUCUAAAGACACAUGGUGUACAAUAUAUUGUUGUUGGACCACCUUUAUUACCCCGCCCCGCGAGUGUACAUAUCAACUAGAGCAAUGAACAGCGCUCGUGAAAGAAAUUGCAUUCUUCUCUUCCUUGUGUUGCGCGAGAGGGCUUUCGUCCGCUUGGGCCACCACCGUUAUUGCACGCCGAAAGUCGCCCAGCAAAGAUGAUGGUUAGAAUGCUAUGGCAGCUCGUUUUUGUGUGCGUUCGAGCUGCAGCGACAAAGGAUUACCAAGAACUCAAUGCAAGAGAAAAAAUAAACCACUGCAAUCUCAGCUAGCAGAUUUGAUCGCAGUAACAACGUGAACUCUGACAAGAAUCUUUAAUCGCCAGUUAGUAUUGCACUGCAUCAAACCGGCACCUGAAUUAUUAAAUGUUCCUUCUUCUGCCCUUCCUGCAAUGCUGCAUCAACAGAUGGCAAAUGUGGCAAGUGUUAAUCGUAGAACCAACAAAAGAACUCCCCUCAUUCAUCAAUUUCUUGUUGGCAGGGUUGCCGUUUAUGCAUCAACUUUGUAACUGCAAUCGUUAACUGUUUUUUCUCGACGCCCGCAACAAGGAACCCCAGCGCGCGUGUGCCACACAUUCUCGUUUCCUUCUGGCCUUCCACGGGGCAAGCAAGUAACUGGAACCGAGCAGGUGGCAGACAGACCGUGUGCGCGCAGGGUGCUGCGAAGCGCGUUUGGAUGCCAGUUUGGCCCCGUGAUCGCCGAGAAAGAAAGAAAGAAAAAAAAAAAACGACGCACGUUCCGGGCUGGAAAUUUAGUGUCUGGAAACAGAUGCCAGCAUUUCUGCGACCGUGCCUACUUUAGCGGUAUUUAUUUGAUGAGAAAGGGAGGGAAAACAGGAACAGAGUUUUGGUGGGUGGCCCGAACGACAGAGUCCCGUUCUUGUCCAUCGCUCUGUGCGUGGUAGUAUCGCCGUCUUAGUAGUAUAUCCCGCUCCCCCUCAGAGCCCGCUCACGGGAAUCGUCGUUUUUCCUUAUCUGCGCGCGGUAAUGCCGAAACACAUCGAGCGCAUCCUCUGAUAAUCCCAAGGACAAUCCACGCACGCUCGUGCACUCCCACACGUCCUCCCCGUGUGCGCUGCAAGCGGACAGAAAAGCAGAAUACGCUGUAUCCCCGUUAUUGCGAAUCCAGCAGGCUAGCGAGUCAAGCAAUCGAAUAGAGCACUUGUCGAAUCUGUCUCAGGCGAGUGGCCCAAGUCACAGAAGCUCUGAAGCGAAACAAAAGGGAAAAAGAAAGGUAACGAGUUCUGUUUUUGCCUAAUGUGUCAUCCUAAACAACAAAGCACUUCAACCUUUUGUUUCUUUCCACGGGUACAGCAGCUACGCGAUUUUGCUCAGCCGCGAGUAUUUCUGCAAACCUGUAAAGCGCAAUAAACUUGCUUUUGAAGCUCGUCGUGCCAUCCACGUUCAGUGCACUUUCUGUAGGAAAUAAAGGAAUUGUUUGGUUACUUGGAGAGUGGCAACAUGGGUUAUUCUUGCACUUCGUCGCCUGUUGUUGGCAGGCAGCACUGGUGACUACAUGCAUUAAAUAGCAGACAACUUUGGGAAGGACCGAGGCGGAAACGCUUUCCGUUGCUCGUUGCCGAGGUCUUAAUCCUUUUCUCUCUCGUCAUUCGGUCGCGCAUAAGGUUAAUCUCUCACGAGCUGAUCGUUCCUUGCUCGAAACUGGAGUAGCACUCGAGUAGGUUGUGAAAAGAUAAAGAAGGAAAAAUGCAGUGGACUUUUCCCCGGGUGACAGGUUUGUUAGCGGCGAGACAGAUCAGGCCAGAGCGAAGUUCACAGCUUUAUUCGUUGAGUUGGAACCAUUAUCUUUCUAAUGAGGAGCGUUGUGAUCCGCCCUCCCGAAUGUGCAUGAAUAGAUGUGUAGCACUACGUGGUUGUCCUUACUCGUUGUCUCUGCGGAGAAAAUUAUUUUCUUUUUCUUUUGUUGCCCCGCCGUCUAUUUAUUCCCUCACAUUCUCGCAUUGCUGCCGGUGUCAUGCUGACACUUGUAAGUAGAAAGUGACUGUCGACUGUUCAUUAAACUUAUUUUGUUAACAUC